AUGUAUCCGGAUUUACCAUCCAACUCAUAUAAUACAGAUUCUGAUAAAUAUACGAACUGCUCAACAUCAUCUGCCAUUCUAUUUGAAGAUAUUAAACUAGAUGAACAUGAUAGUAUUUCGCCAAAUCAAUACAACACGUCGACUCAAUCAAAAAUAUUGACACCUAAUACUUCUCAACGACGACAACAAGAAAGAAAUCUCGAAAAACAAAUAUCUAAUACAGAUCAUCAGCAAAAUCCAUCAGAUACAAAAUCAAAUGGUGUUUUCUUAUUACUCGAUGCUAACGAACAUCUCACUGUUAAUAAUAAAGAAGAUUUUAUUUCACAACUACAAUCACCUUCACCAGAUCCACUUGUCAAAUGUGUUUCUAUUAUUGGAAAUACUGGGGAUGGAAAAUCAUAUACAUUAAAUCAAGUCUUUUUUAAUGGCGAAGAAAAAUUCGACACAUCAUCAACAUCAGACUCAUGUACAAUGGGUGUAUGGUCAGCAUUAGAUGAAAAUCAUCGAACACUUGUUCUCGAUACUGAAGGUCGACUUGGUCUAUCACAAAAUGAUAAUAUUCGUAAUCGAUUGUUACUCAAAAUCUUGUGCAUCAGUGAUAUUGUUAUAUUUCGAACACGAGCAGCCAAACUACCUAAUGAUAUGUUCCAGUUUUUAUCUGAUGCAUCAAAUGCAUUUCACAAAUAUUUUCGAAAAGAACUAGAAAAUGUCAUGAAAAGCUGUAAUGUUGAUGGACCAAUGUCAACGAUGGGACCAACAUUAAUUGUCUUUCAUGAAACAAAUCAUACUGAAGUACUGAGAGGUCAUUUUCAAUGUCAAAAGACAGCUGUUGAACAACUCAAAGAACGGUUUGAAAAGAUGAAACUAUCAUAUGAUGCAUAUAGUUCGAUUGAGUAUGUUGGAAUUCAAAGUGUUGGUGGAAAACAAACUGACUUUAGUGAAAUAAAAGCAACAAUAACAUCGACACUUGAAAACAAUAAAAUUCGAUCACCUCGAAGAUUGUCCACAAUUUUCAAAGCUUUACAAGCCUUGAAUGAAAAAUUCAAUCAUGUCAUUCCUCCAGAAAUGCCAUCUACUUUACCAGAUGAUUUUUUCACUUGUUGUGUUAAAUGCUUAUCCUGUGGAAUUAAAUGUUCAAUGGCUGCAAAUCAUCAGAAAGAAAAUAUUCCUCAUCAAUGUGAAGAACAAUGUUUAUAUAAUAGAGGCCUAGACAAUGAAAUACUAAAAUGUUUACAAUGCCAUCGUGAAGGUCGUGAUACUAUUGUAUAUGCAAAACUGACAGCUGCAAAUGAUAAUCUUGUACAAGGAAUUGUAAAAACUGUUUGGUCGGGUUUUAUUAUCGAAUGUUCACAUCAUGGAGAAAUCUAUCGUUCAAGAAAAUAUUGGUAUGGAAAUAAUGAACCAAAAGAUGUGACACGUGUUGAAGUUAUUCACGUUUGGCCAGGAGAAGAUCAUAAUCGAUUAGGAAGUGAUGUUACACCAAGAAAAAUUAUCGAAGCCAUUAGUAGUGCAGGAAGCUACUUAUCCAGUUCAACGAAAGUGUUGACAGAAACAGUAGCUGACCAAAUAGCGCCAUCGUAUUGGAUUCCAAAUAAAGAUGUUCAAGAAUGUUCUUCAUGUAAACUUCAAUUUGGUUCAAAUUAUUCUAAACAUCAUUGCCGAGCAUGUGGACAUAUUUUCUGUGAUACAUGUACAAAAAAUCGUGCAAUUGUUCCAUUGCUUGAUACUAAAAAAGCUGAACGUGUAUGUGAUAAUUGUUAUCAUGAAUUACAAUCACAAACACUUUCAUCAAUAUUUCAAAACAAUCAUCUAAAUACACAACAAACACCUUCUAUCGAUUAUGGAGCUAGUAAUACUAGUGAUGUUACAAGUCCAAAUGUACAUAACAUUCCAAUGUCAAGACGUUUUCUAGAACUUUUCAAGGAUAAUGUUGGAUCAGUCAUUUAUAAUUAUCUUGUUGAACCAAUUAAAGAAAGUACACGACCAAAUUAUUGGCGACGAGAUAGUGAAUGUUGUGCUUGUUUUAUUUGUCAACAUGAAUUUGACAAUACCACAUAUCGAUUACAUCAUUGUCGAAAAUGUGGUGAAGGUGUCUGUGAUAUGUGUUCACCAAAUAAACGUGCUAUUCCUGAACGAGACUGGUUAACACCAGAACGUAUAUGUAAAUCAUGUGAUAAAACAAUGAAUGAAUAG